AGCAUGACAAGCCUCUGUCUGACCUCUGUCCACAUUACCGGAGAGGAACUCGGGCAGUUUGUUUCCAAUUGUAUCUCUUUAGCACGGUUAUCAAUUUAUGAGUGCAAUUAUAUAAUUUGCUUUAAAGUACCAUGCAUGUUGCAUCACCUUAAUGACUUCUUUGUGGCACAAUGCGAAAUGCUACAAGUAAUAGAGAUUAGGGCUCCAAAGCUCUCCAGUUUUGUGGUUGGAGAUGACAGAAUUCAAAUUUCUCUAGGAGCAGAAGUCAAACAUAUAUAGAUUAGAGGUAGUAAACCAAACACACUCUGUCAUGCUCGUGCUGAGGUUCCUUCCUUUAUGCCAGCAGUUGAAAGACUUAUCGUGGAAUCGAAUUGUUAGAAGGUCAAGACACCAAUAAUGUCUAGCACGUUCCUCCUCCUCAAGUAUUUGGACAUUUCUCUUGUGGAUGUACAACUCUAUCGCGUGGAUUACUUCUGUUUGGUUUCUUUCCUGGAAGCCUCUCCUGCCUUGGAGAUUUUCGUGCUGCGUGUGGGUCCUACCUGUCUAAUUCUGCCUUGUUUAACACAAGCUGGCAGGCAGUGUUGUUUAUUAAACAUCUGUCUGUUCAGUCAAGAUCAAUUUUUGAUGCGACCAGAUACUUGCAGUAAACCUUCCCUCUAUGCAGCAAGUUAUUGCGACUUUGACCGGAUAAGUUUUGCCUGUUUUUUCAUGUUUGAGGGAGUAUUACUGAUAAGUUCUGGAUUUUUUUAUGAAGUCUAUGGUAACAGUAGUCUUGAUGUUGACCUGUUGCAGGUAGGAACCGGUAAUUUGCUGAGACGUGAUUCAGUUCUUAAAGAUCUUGACAAAGAUCAGUUGCAUUUGUGGCAGAUGCCAGAAUGCUUGCAUAACAAUCUGAAGAAUGUGAUGAUGACUGGAUUUAGCUCUGCAAAGAGCCUAAUUGAAUUAACAAGCCACAUUGUUCGCAAUGCAUUAGCACUUGCGUGCAUGACACUGGACACUGCCCGUGGUUGUUGCAGGAGGACUGCAAAGACUGGCAAGUGCCAGCGUAUGAGCAGGGAAGGGCUGGAGGAGGCGCAGAAAGCUCUUGAGGCUGUGAAGAGAUGCAUCGAGGGGAUUGUGCCCUCAUCUAACAAUCUGAAGGCAUUGGAACCAUGCAGCCAGUGUGGGUGCUAAGGAUGAUCUUCCGAGAUCUGUUGUAUAUUGCCUGGUAAUCUGCAUCCAGGGUUUAAGAUCCCUUAGUGUAAUGACACUGCCAUUUGCCCAAAGGCUUGUGUUAGGACGUUUUUAUUCAGUUCUGUAUAAAAUUCUUUACUCUGCC